UAUUGAUAACUACACAACUGAUAAAAUUCGGCAGUGCUAAUCAAGCCGCCAUCAUGUGCGCGUGCAAGCAGAAGAGAUCGUUCCUCAUCGAGGAUAUACUGAAGGAUGUUAAGCAGAAACCUUACAAGAACCUGAGCCACGAGCCCACCCUGCCACUCAAGUGUAAUGGCGUCAAGCCAGUAGAGGUCUCCAAGGUACAGGAGGUAACUAAAAUCGAAGAACCGGCGAUAGAAAAACCUGCGAUAGAUGCUAAAGUUGAUGUAACCUAUGACGUGCCUAAGGAAAUCGAUUCGAUUAAAGUUAAUUUGGAAAACAGACGGAACACCUACCCCUUGUACCCGACGCCGAUCAAAGCCAACAUCCCUCCCUUGUCCUCCACAGUAAACUGGCCGCAGUACAGAGGGAAGGAGGGCCCAGGGUUCCUAGAGAGGCCGCCCUUCAGUUACUACAGUGAACCGAUGCUAAAUAGUAGUCAGAUCCUAAGGACUCAACUAGCUGCCAACAGAUUUGUUCCACACCCAUUCACUAUACGACAAGCCUAUGGAUUUGACAGAGUACCGCCCGGCUGCUGCAAUCCCUGGUGGGGAUUGGGGGGCAGACGGAAGGGGGGGCAGGUGCGGUUCACGGUGGCGCAGACCGGAGCGCUGGAGCGAAGGUUCAGCGCCAGCAAGUACCUCAGUCCUGAUGAGAGACGAGCGCUGGCCAGCACGCUGAGGCUUAGCGAUAGACAGGUAAAAACAUGGUUCCAGAACCGUCGCGCGAAGUGGAGGCGCACAACUCCUGACUCCGCAGACGCCGGCAGCCCGCCCACUGCCGACGAGGGGUCUGAUGAUGAAGUGCAUAUAGCUGACGAAGAAUGACGACGGCAUAGCGAUGAUUAAAUGUUGAGACUGCCCGCUA